GCUUCAAAAUAGCAGUUAAAUAAAACCCAUGCUCUGCUUGGUUGGCAUUCCGUAGAUGUUGUAUGAAUAAUAUAACUAAAUAAGAAGCGAGAAAGAAGAAAAAUGUCAGUGGAGAGAUACGCAUAGAUCCAUAAGAAUUUUUUCUGUCGAAGACGUGGAGAAAAACUAAUUUGAAGCCAAAGUAUCAAAUGCAUUAAUGAAGCGAUAAUAUAAAUAUAAAGUUGAGGUUUUGUAUUAUCAAUAAUAGCUUGAGUCCACAAGAGAGGCUUUGAACAUGUGAUGUUCAUAUUGUUGAACAGCAAUAUUUUUAUUGUUACACUAUUCAUCUGCAAGAAUAAAACUCUGCUAUUAAAAUGUCAACUGUCCAAAGUAAUUUAUAAAAAUAUCAGUCCUUAGGAAAAUCUCUGGGGUAUGUCAUCGUGAUGAUGGUUAGGAUUACCUAAUGAGAAUAAAGAUAUAUUGUCUAAUUAAAAGCCACAUGAUGCAAUGGUUAAUGAUCCAAGUGUUUUGUGGAACUCAUGCAUAUUUGCGAAGAAAAUAGUGAGUGAAAAUUUUUAGGUCAAAGUUUCGUGACUCUUCCCCCACCCCCCUUUCCUUCCGUCCCUUACAGACAGGCUCCCAUUGCAGACCAUUGCAACGGAAGAGAACAUUACAGACAAAUCUCCAUUACAGACAUACCACCCAUUGCAGACCUUAGCGACCAAGUUUAAAAUAAUGGACAUAUAUAUAUAACAGUUUCAUUUGCCAUAUAAUUCAAUGCUUCUUAUAAUAAAUAUGUAAAAUUAAAGAAAAAAGAAUUGUUACAAAUGAAAAAUACUGAGCGAAUAGCAAGAAAGAGAACGAAAAAUAAGGGCGCCUGUCAGAAAAUUAAAAAAUUCGUGAUUUUAUACUAUCUAUAUUUUAUAUUAGUAUAAUGAAGCUGAAGAAUAUACGUGAGUUCCACAUUUCAGCCCCUUUGAGGCUGCGCUAACAAGCUUUUUUUUUCAUAAAAUUAAUUGUCAUUAAUAAAUGCUAAUGAGAUUUAUUUGAUCAUUUUCUUACUAUUUCGAGACUAAUUUUAUCAACCGUGAUCGGAACUAAUAAAUUUAAUUGUAGGAACCUAGACGUGUUUUUUGUUUAGAACGAGGUGUUAGUUUUUUUAACAGAUUGACUCGAUUUAGAUGUGACUAAUGUGCAAGGUACUAAGAAAAACCUUAUUUAAACCCAUGAAUAUAACUAACUAAAUACCGCUUCACUUCACGGUCGUAGAUCCCCUGGAAAAACGAUGCACCAAGAUUUAUAGAAGUUCUCUUAAUUAAUUAAUUUCUCGAAAAGUUGAUACUUUAAUUAUUAUAUCUACAUUAUAGUAUGGCUAGUUUUUAAGGAUUUGAACUCAAAAUGUUAAUAGACUGAGAUCAAUAUAAUUUCUAAUCGUUAAAGAUCUCAAUAGUUUGUUCCGCAUACUCACAAGCUUUUUGUUUUUUUCAAAGUCAUUUAAAUUAACUGUUGUGAAUAUAAAUGAGACUAAAUAGAAGAUAUUUGAGAAACCAUCUUAUGCUUGGAAAUAAUAGAUAAUCCGAGAUUUUCUCCCGCUGAAAAGUGGCUUAUUUAUUUAAAGACAAACUGGACUGGCUUAUUAUUAUCUUCACGGUCUCAAUCUAAUUCUGAUUCGAUCAUCUGAUAUCCAAACAAACUCGAAGCGAAAACAAACAUUUCAAAAAACAUUUGCUGCUUCUCACUCAAAUAAAUAAUCAAUCCAUGUGAUGGAUUCAUAUUAAUGAUACAUCGUAUUAUGAUUCAAUCAAGUAUAAAUUAAACAAAUCACAUCGAACCAUAAGGUUUAGACAGCAUCCAGGUGGAACUGAAAGAAUUUAGAGAUUUUAUAGAUAGGAAAUUAGGGUUCACGAUGUGACACUGGUGCCAGAAAAAGGCUUUCAAUCAAACUAUGAUUAUAAAGUAAGGAAAGCCUAGAUAGAUAAUACUAAACACUCAUGUAUAGCUUAACAAACGAUGGUUACAACAAAACCUUCAAAUAAAAUAUCUAAUUUGAAGUGCAGCAGACAAAAAAAGAAUUACCUGUUAAAAUAGUCACAAAAAUGUAAGAAAAGUAUCAACUUACUGAUAAAAUCUGGUCUUGAUGCUACUCAUGUAUUGUUAGUGACUAUAAGUUUGAUUCAAACUUAUAUGCGAUGUCUAAUUUAGUGAAAUUCAGUGACGUUCAAUAUCACCAAGUGUAAAAUACCUUGAUCAAUAUCUUCUAUUAUAUGUCAUUUCAUAUCAUAAUGAAUUUACAAUGUUUCAUGGCCGAGCUAAAUUAAUGCGAUGAAGCUGUAUCACAGUUGGUGUGUGUCCCAAGAAAAUCAUUUGAUUUGAAUGGUAUACUUAUUAUCUAAACUUUUAGAUAACUUUGAAAUCGUGUGAGAAAAGGAAAUGCUCUAGACUGUCACUUCCGACUGAAUACCUUGUUCAGAUACAAUUAAAAUUCGAUGACACUGAUAAGGAGCAAAGAUGAUAAGCCCUCCUAUCGAGAUUGUACGUGCUUUAAUAAAAGUUUGAAAUGCGCUCCAAUAUUACAACAAAGAAUUGAAUAAAACUAAUUUCAGAGAAAAAAAGAUUACUCGAUAUUGAAGUGUAUGUAUCUAUAGCAGUUGAUUGCAUGAAACCCCUUGAGAAUGGGAACCACAUAUAUGUAUUUUAGUUCUGAAUCAACUCGUAACUGAUUUGGGCAUGUCUAUUAUGACACUGUAAUGGUAUAAAUGCUAGUAGAGGUCAUACAUUUACCACUUUCGAUAUUUUGUAAUCCUAUCAUCUGCAUUAUGCUCUUGUUCACCUUCUAUCUUCCUAUAUUCAAACCCAUUACUUCUAUUCUCUUGCCUUACGUCAUCAUUCAAUGAAGACAUAUUAUCCAUUUCUUCGCGUAUAUUUGCGUGUCUGUGUCAUAUAUUAAUUCGAUUUUCUGACUUUCAACUGCAACGGAUGCGUCAACAAAUUGAAAUGUAUGGAAUAUUAAAAGCAUUAAGAGGUCGACCUAGUUCUGGAGACAAUCCUAUUAGACUAACUGAUGACCAUUUUCCAUCACUCAUACUUUCAACAACGGCAAAAUAAAAAUCUUCAAAAGCAAUGUUUAGUUGGUGAAAAUACGACCGUAGCUUCUCAAAAGGGGCACUUCAUAAAAAAAAUAAGCUAUUUAAUAAAUCUUCAUAGCUGUUUAAAUAAACUACUCGUUAACUUGAACAAACUAUAUACGAUAUACUAAAAAUCGAGACAAAAAAUUUUAAAAAAACCAAUUGGUGUCUAAAUCUGGAAACUCUUAACUUAUGAAAUAUACUCAUAAUAAAGAGUGAGAUCCUUUUUGUAAUAGAUAUCAUUAUAUUUUACAUAAUACUGACUAUCUUUACAUAAUGUAUUAUAAGUAGUAGUUGCUUCUGAAAAUACUAAGCAUAAACAAAUAGUUAUUACAUAAACAAGCAGCUAUAAAACUUAAAUAAUCAAUAUUGAAUGUCUCUAAAUAGUACUACUUAUAGAUCACUAACCGUCACGCAGAUAUUUUCAUCAAGAUAUUUUUUCAUUUGUCUCCCCUCCCCCUUGCUCAAAAACAACACGUAACGCUAGAUAAGACCCUAAGAGCAAGUUUCAAAACGAAGAAUAUUUUAUUUAUAAGAACAACGAAUAAUUGAAACGUGCUCUACAUUAAACAACUAUUUAUGCAAAUAUUUUCGAAAGUCUGACUUUAAAUAAAUAGUGAAGACGUAUUUGAAUACCUAUGAACAUUUAAAUAGGUGACAAGUAUUAGUAUAUCCAGAAAAGCUUUAAAUAGCCAUAGAAGAAUUGAAUACCUAUAAAAGGAUUAAAUAGCUAUGCAAGAAAAAAAAUAGCACUGGAUGAAUUAAAUAACUCAGGAAGCUUUAAAUAGCUAUGAAAGAGUUUAAAUAACCAUGGAGCAAUUAAAUUUACAUGGAUGAAUGAAAUAGCCAUGGAAGCUGUAAAUAGCUAUGAGUUUAAUAGGUAUGAAUGAAUCAAAUAGCUACGAAAGAGUUCAACAGAUAUGCGAGAAAUAGAUAGCUAUGAAACAAUUCAAUAGUCAUAGAAGAAAUAGAUUACUCUGAAAGAAUUAAAUAGUUAUGAAAGAGUUAAUUAGAUAUACGAGAAAUGAAUAGCUAAGAAAGAAUCAAAUAGCUGUCGAAAAUUUAAAUAGCUUUCACAAAUUGUAUAGCUAUGAAGGUUGAGAGAGUGAUUGAAAUUUAAAUCUCUAUGCGAAUUGAGACUACCUGUACGAUUCGCCAAGUGUAUUAGGUUAAGAAAAAUUGUAUCUAUUUUCAGAGUGAGCCAACACAACAAGCAGAGCUGAACUAAUAAUUGGCUUCGGAUAGGAAUGUGAUAAAUAUAAUGUCACCCUUUGUCUAUCUCGUAGUUUUGGGAUAUCAGUGUGGAUGUGCCUUCAGAAAAGAGUCAUAUCCAUCCAGCAUCCACAUCCACCUACAUCCUCUAAUUUCGAACGGACAAUGAUUUAUUGCUUGUGCGAUAUCUUUUUAAGAGUGGCUCGGUGAAUUUUUGAACCUGAAUGUGAGUGAAAAGAAGACUUAAACUCACAUCUUGAUGUUAAAUUAUGAACAGCUCAAUAUUUUAGAUUGCACUUUCAUCAUGAAUUAUUGAGACUUGGGCAUACAUUCUAGAAUGUGGAUGUGGUCGGAGAGAAUACUGACGCCGAUUCUCACAAUCACGCUCCUUAGCAACCGUGAACAAGAGACACUAAAUCCUGUUCCCAGAAUUCCUGAACAACAGAAAAAAAGCUACACUGCAUUAACAAUUAACCUUAAACUAUCCUAAAAGCUUCUAAUGGAUUUCAAAGUCUUUCUUGAAAUUCAAACGGAUGAAACAUGCUUGUGAGUAUUCUAAAUGACAAAAUUUUGAUUUUUACACCGAUAAAAUAUCAAGUGAUAGAUGUCAAGGAUGUUGAGUGGUAUUUUAUUGAUUUGCCAGUUAUCACAUGAUCAACAUAAAAAGUAUGAACUGAUCAAGUUAUAACUUUAGUUUAGAAUCAGUAUCAGUGUUUCUGAGAUUAUCGAAAUACAUCAUAGUGCUUUGAGACGUUCUGAUGUAGAUACAAUCAAUAUGUACAACAGGUUUAUAUAUUAAAUGAAGAAAAAGAAAAUAUGGAAAAGAAAAAUAGCGACCAAAUAGCAACAAGGCAUAUGAAAAAUUCACCACCAGAAGAAAAAUAAAUUUACUUAAAUUCAGAAAUAAAGAAGAAAGAUCAUUUCUCUUACGAUCGAUUAUCUUGAAGAACAACGAUAGUUUGCAAAAGAUUUUUUACGUUACGUACUUUGUAUUAGUACAGGGUCGAAAAGAAUAUUAUUCAAGGGGGGUAACGAUAUAAUCCCGAAUAGAAGGUAUGAUGAAUUUUAUACCAAAUGAAAGCCCGUGAAAAACGGGGUUUAGUGAUGCUAAAUACAAAGGCUUUGGAAAACUUUCAUACAUCAAACCCAUAAAAAGACUGCGUUUUGUUGAAAAAAAAUCAUUAUAACUCAUUUUUAAUGAGUUUCAAGAUAUUGAAAAUGAAGAGUUUUAUAGAAAAAAAAUCACAGAAGGUUAUGGUAACGAUUAGAAAACACAACUAUAAUUCAGAAAACAAGAUGAUUCUCUUGCGUUCUUUUGUUUACUACUUGUAAUUUUAGUUGUUCUAUCAAAGAUUUUUUUCUUUUCGUUCUGCACGAAAGUCAUAGUGGAGAGAAAUUUUGGAGAUACAUCGUGGGAUAUAAAAGAUAAUUUUCUUAUCGAUAUGUAUCAUAAUAAAAUUCAUCGUCUCGUUAAAUCAUCACACUUUUGUUAUUUCAAAUGGCUGGUGCUUAUGAUACUGAACAACAGAGAAUAAUUGACAGGAUCAAGUGCAUCGCUUUUUGUUACAGUCAUAUGUUUACAUAUCUUGACUCACUUCGUUCUUUGCGAUACGUGCUUAUUCGAGUCGAAUUCCUUGAUGCUUUAUUCUCUCCUAUAUAUUGCCCUCUCCUCUCGCUUGCGAGAUGGUGUAUCGCUUCGAAUAAAGUGAACCUCUAAUAUUUGGUGCCGCGACCCGAUCUUCUUUACUAUUACCAUCGAAGAAGAGAAGCCAUCUUUAAGAGAUUACGUUUAUUAUCGUAUUUCUGAUCAAGCUACUACAAUAUUCCACGAUGAAUUUAUCGCAACUAAGUCGGCGUCAUCAACAGUUAGCAGAAGAUCAUUUAUAUUUCUUCACCGGGAAACAAAUUCAAAGUGUUCGAGCAUGGUUCGAAGACAUUGAGAUGGUAGCUAAAAUGAUUCAUGCUGAUGAGUCUGUCUCAAUGAAACAAGCAAUUGGGCUGUUGAUCGAUGAAGCCGAGCAGUGGUAUCAGCAAAACAAAAACAUAUUAACCACAUGGUCGGAUUUUAAACAUGGAAUGAUACUGCAAUUUGAUAAGGAUUCAAAAAAAAAUACUAACACAAACGCUACGAUGCAAUCGGCAACGCUGAUGAAAAAAUUUCGGCGUACUAUCGCAUGGCAUCCACAGCACGUCGCACACUACAGGUCAUAUCACGCUAGUAAAUCAUCUUCAACUAAUCAAACAUCGUUUUGCUCGCCGUCUCCCUCUCCGCUCUUUGAGUUAGAUUCGUUUGAAGACCCAUGGCCUAACGGUACAGAGUCAUGGCAUUUUCAUGAGAUACGGCCCCAACGAUCAUCAUUUACAACCAGAGUCGAUCGAGAAAUGUUGAUGAUCACACCACAAAUCGUCGUAGAACGAAAACAUCAACCAAUAAAACGUGCACUACAAUCGAAUCAAACCAUAAUUGAAUUUGCACCGAAAAUUGAUCAAAUAUCACUUCUACCUGUUAAACUACCAACGGACAUGCACGAAGUCGUUGAUAUGGAUGCUUUUCUACAAAAAUCUUUACCAUCAUUCGAGAGAAAAAUUGCUUCGGAUGUCUUGAAACUAAAACAGCAGCACCGAUUUGCUCUGAACUUGAACGAUCUGUCAAGCGAUUCAUUACUCUCAUCACAUUUCGUAUCACAACUGCGGCUACAAGAUCAAUCGCGCAACCGAUUAUUGCAACAAAUCGGUGUACGCUCUGCUGUGUUGCUAUUAUUUUUAUUUACAGUACUAAUACGCUUCGACAUUGUACAUUGUCUAACAUAUCUUAUACACAGUGUUACCACAGAAUCUCAAACUUUCUCAUUAAUAUUCUUUAUCAACACGAUUCUCACUAUCUGUUCGCACCAUCUAAAGCAUUCAACGCCGCACGUUAAAACCAUUGAAACACUUCGUCAACUCGAAUCACUCUUAAUUUAUCCUGUUACAUAAUCAUCGCACAAUAUUUUUCAUCACAUCCUACGCUCAUGACUAUAUAUCGUAUUUUCUGCAUUCAAUUAUGUUUCUGCCUGUCAAAAUGAGUGACAAUGGCCGAUAUUUUCCUGGAAAUUUUUUUAACAAGCUUUCGUGCUUGCACGUUUCGUUAAUAUUCGUACACUCAUCCGUUCUCGACGAUCACAACUUAGAUUUUCAUUAUCAGUUUUCUUCUUCGUUAGCUAUUCGUACAUUUCGUCUUCAUACGUUAGAACUUAUCGCACGGUGUACGCAUAAUUCAUCAUCGUUUUCGCAUUUUUUCUUUUUUUAAUUGAUUUAUUUCUUGCUUUAAUCUUAUUCAUUUUUUUUGCAGUUUUUUGUUGUUGUUUCUUUUCCUCUUUAUGAUGUGUGUGGACACACAUCUCUGUCGGUGAGGAGGUAUGUUACAGUCAUAUGUUUACAUAUCUUGACUCACUUCGUUCUUUGCGAUACGUGCUUAUUCGAGUCGAAUUCCUUGAUGCUUUAUUCUCUCCUAUAUAUUGCCCUCUCCUCUCGCUUGCGAGAUGGUGUAUCGCUUCGAAUAAAGUGAACCUCUAAUACUUUUCAUGAAGCUCGCGAUGCUGGUGCAACAUUUAUAAAUAGACAAUGGAUUGCGGACAAAAUUCAUCGCACAACUCGAUUUGUCUCGGAGUGGUGGAAAAAAUCAUAUGACCAAUGCUUUGCUGAUUAUUCAAAUGUUGGUGCUAAACCUAAAUUACCAGAAGCUAGUCGAGAAAUUAUUCGUCAAGCAAGUGGUCAACAAAGAAAAAGCGGUCCUGUUGUGGCAAAGGAGAUUGCAGAAAAGCAAAAAGAAUAUGCCACUGGAAGAACAAUUAAUAAUUACCGUCACAGAGAAGGAUUAAAACCGUUUCAUGUUAUUCCAAAACCGUUAAAAUCUGAAACUCAUAUAUCAGAUCGAUUAUGGCUCUGUGACUGGUUAAAAGAUUGGACUGUAGAAGAUUUUCUUCAUCUGGCACCAUCUGAUGAAUUUUAUAUUUGGACUGUCCGUCGACCAAAUUAUCAGAAUGAUAGGAUCUGGGCGAAAAGUAUUGAAGACGUUACUGAAGAUGAAAGAUAUCGUGAAAUGGUAAAAAACCAAUCAUGUGUUGGAGUUUUUAUAAUGUUUACUUGCAAAAGAUUACUAUGGAUUAUCAAAGAUAAAGGGGAAUCUUGGACAGGUCAAUAUUUUCGCGAUAUUGUUUUGAUUGAAAAUGUAAUUCCUUUCUUAAAAAAUGAAGAAAAUGUUAUUGAUCCUGAUGAAGUUAUAUUUGUUCACGAUAAAGCACCGUGUAUGCGAGCAAAUAAAACUCAACAUUUGCUCCAAGACAACGAUGUCAAAUUUUGGAGUAAUGAUAUCUGGCCAGGAAAUUCACCUGAUCUCAAUGUGGCAGAACACAUCGGAUCAAUAAUCAAAGAUGAAGUUGAAAAAAAAAUGUCAUCGGAAAGUGGACAUAAUCGAUAUCUUGAAGAAACGCUCAAAAUGCACGUCGCAAAUGUUUUAGCAAGCAUGGAAGAAGAUACUGAACUAUUUGAAACUCUUCUAUGCUCAUAUCCAUCUCGAUUUCGUGCUGUAAAAAAUGCUAAUGGUCGUCACACAGAUUAUUGA